AUGGAGCCACCGCCGCUGCUUCCCGACCAGGCAGUCCAGGUGACUGCGGAUGCUGAGUGGCUGAAGAGUGCUUUGGUGGCUCACCCCAACCUUGCCUGGAGCGCCAGCUGCUCAACCCUGCUUGGCGCCUCGGGGCUUGUUCAGGAGGUGGACCCCCUGGAUGGCACGGCGAAGCUGCAAGCCCACCUUCGGCUCUCCGAUGGCUCCCUUGCGAGCGUGAAGUUUACCCAGUGGCUCCCUCUGCGCGCGCUGCUGGAGCUCCCAGAGCCCGGAGCCUCGGAGCUCCGCGCCGCGCUGGCGGCAUUUCGCCAGCAACUGGAGGCCGGAGGGCCGGAAGGCCGCGAAAGCGACCCAACUCCCGCCAGGAGCCAGGAAGACCAGGAAUGGAGCCUGGCCAGUGGACAUCCCCUGCCGCUGGACGUCGUCGUCGUGCGCUUGGACGGCACGGAGUUUGCGAGAUCCGUGGAGUCCCUGUCGCACCGCUUCGAGGUCUUCAGGAGGUCUGUCGCUGCCUAUGUGCAGAAGGACGAGUCCCAGGUGGAUCUUUUGCUUGGAGAAAUGGCAUUGCCCAAAAACGGAACAUUCCGGCAGAUUUCUGAUCUUCUCGUUCCGGGCAUGAGGCUGCAGCUGCUCCUCCGCAGGCGAAAGCUCCACCCGGGUGCCGCCAAGCGGCUGGCGAAGGAGCUUCGGGACUACGAGCGCGAGGCCUCGAACAUUGUCAUUGAGCCCGUGGAGGAUCCUGACUUUGAUGGCCCAAGCGAUAGGUGGACCCUGCAGAUACCCGGCCCGCGAGACAGCCCUUACGAGGGGGCGGUCUUCUCGCUGAGCGUGCGCUUCCCGACGGACUAUCCCUUCAAGCCGCCUCGCAUCCGGUUCGUCACCCCUGUGUGGGCCCCCGACGUGAAUCCCCGGACCGGUGAGAUCGACAUGGACAUCCUGGGAAGUAGCUGGUCUCCUGCCCUUACCAUCGUGAGGGUUGCCUUCAGCCUUGGCUUCAUCCUCGAGGAGCCCGGCAACGAUGGCUGCGGCAAUCCCGAGGCGUUCAAGCAGCGAAAGCAGAACCGCGCCGAGUUUGAGGAGCAGGCGCGGGCCUGGGCCCGUCAGUACGCACAGACUGGCGGGCCCGUCUGA